AAAUGUCUGUCGGGGCUAUUGUUCAUCAUAGACCUCCAGUAACAAAAAGUCCUCGUUCGAACCCAAAUAUUAACAUCUGUUUAGCUCAAAAGACCAAAAUCACAAAGGGAUUUCACCUCAUAAGUCCCCGGAAGCCUUCCUCUGAUCUCCCCGGGGAAUCGUUACAGGGGAUCCCCCUCCUGUCCAGGGAGGGAAGUCAGGUGUACGGUCCCUGUACCACGCCCCGAUACAACUCUGAGGUUGUAAACGUAUCAGGAAAAUAUGUUGUCAACCCAUACACUGAAUGUGGAGAAACCCAAGAGGAAGAAGAGCAGGGCCCCCUAUCCUUGUUUGGCGAACGUCUUGGUGCAGGGGGAAACAUUAACAGUGUUCGAGCAACUCCUCUACUUCAAGUACGAACCAGAAAUGACACCAGAAAGGCGUGUAUCAAAAAUAAACCAAUACAAAACCUCAAUCGCACGAGUCCAGAGUGUUCAACUAAAGGUUACAUGACUCCUCUUACGCCCCCUGCUUCGCCUUACACUCCUGGGGCGGAUCAGAGUUUUUCCGUUGAUGGUCAGCACAUAAACUGUGAUGUUCCUUCCAGAUCAGCAAGUUCAAAAGACUUUAACCCAGGCUUCAUCAAGCGGCCGCGCUAUUGUUGUGGAAAGUGUGAACUCCGAAUGCUCGAGCACGAAUCUCUCAACAUGGAAACAGAAUGUCCAUUCCAAGCUUACCAGCGCCAGACCAAGAGCAGCCUCUGCUAUAACGAUGACGUCAUGUCACAUGAAUUUUACUCUGAUCAGAUGAUUGACCCAUAUGUGUUCUACAAGAGUCCAUGGGAUACGCAAACUGAGCAUUAUGCACCAUUCGAACGUAGUAAAAGCGUCCCAACAGCAUCAUGUUUUGACCCAAGUUUGAUUCAUCCAAGAAAUAGAACACCAGAUUCAGUGUCUUCAUCAAGUUCUGCCAGCAUCGAGUCACUACAAAUAGAGAAUCAAGAGGAAACAUAUCCUCCACAGAAGACUCCAGAAGAAAAUUUAGAAGACAAUAACAAAAUUACGUCAUUGCGUACAAUAACUCCCCCUUCUCGCAACACAGAAUACCACCGAAACCCACUAUAUGCUAUUCCAAGAAUGGAUGGGGUUAAGAUCCAAAAUGAGCCCGUCAGUAUGGAAAGAAUAGAUGUCAGAGAAUAUUCCUCGUCGAUAACAGAAUUUGUCGAAUCUGGAAAUGGUCAGAGAUUUCACUGGACAGAUAGUUGGAAUGUAAAGGAGACAAUAAUAGGUUCACCGGUAACGUCAUCACUACGUCAUACACAGACGCCUAUACCAUCUGUUGGGGGACCUGCUGCAGUAACAAAAAAGGCCUCUCAAGAAAUGGUCACCACUAUCAGCUCUAAAGAGGACAAUCUUCAUCAACCAUCUUCCAGUGAUGAUUUACACAACCUUCUCCAGAACUGUGUUAAUUCUCUUCGAAACAUUUCAUUGAGAACCAAGGAGGCUUCGUCUGCUCCGGAAAAUUCGCUCCCAUCCCAAACGUUCUUCCGAGAUUUCAGAAUGCCUACAGAUAUCUGUUACAGUGCAGUCACAGACAAACGAUACAAUCGAUGGAAAAGAACGAAGAGAAAGGGUAAAAUCGGGAGAAAAUCCGUCAUGUCUUAUCGCAGCGAUGACGAUUCUAGCGACGAAGAAAAAGAGCCAGAAUCCAAAGUACAACCAGCAACUCGCCGUAGACAGAAGAAAGCAGCUUCAAUCAUGGCACAAAAGUUGGAAAAUUCCUCAAACGAUGCUAGUUCUGAGCCGGUGUCUGAUUUGGCUUAUGAAUCGGUUCAAAGUCAACCUGGAAACAGUCCGAUUUCAUCAUCAACAGAAUCGAGAAUAAGCCCCACCCUUCUCUAUGAAGAGUCCUUGGACUUUCCUUCUUCAAGUCCUGAAUUAGAUCAAAAUGUUCCCAUUCAUCUCACAAGUUUCCCUGCCCUCAGCAACUACCACGCUUCCAUUCAUGUUGGUCUGGACAACAAAGACAGCCAAAGGUCCACCCCUGAUAUUACAGCAUCCAUUAGAUCCACUCCUUGUGAGGAACACAAACAUGUUCCAUCCUUGUGUAGUACACCAAAUCCUGAGGGGGAAAUUCACUCUAAGCCUGAGAUAGAACCCCCUCUGAUAACACAGGAGAAAUAUGACAACAGGCCAGCUUCCAUCAUUUCUAAUGGUCCUCUUAGUUCUUGUGAUAGUUUUAGCACCAUUAGGAGCAACAGCCGUUUCUCUAAUUCUCUGGCUAAAGACACCAUUGUGAGGAUGAGCUAUUCUAUUGGAGAGAAGAUACAGCAGUCAAUGGCAGUGGUGCCGCAAUCCUUCGACAAAAAGUAUAUUGAUGUUUUCAAGAAGAAAGAAUCUGUUCACAAGCCAGCAAGGAAAAUCAAGGCAAAGGAAGUGCCGAAUUCUUCUUUAAAGUAUACUAAGAAAACAACAGCUCUUAAUCCAAUUUAUCCAUUACCAGAUCCUGAAGUUGUCCGCCCUCAUCUCUCUUCAUUGACUCUCAAUCAUCUACUGAAAACAAUGCCAUCAAAAUCGAGUGCUGGGUCAUCUAAUUCUAACAAAUCAUUACCAGAAGUCACCAAAAAACCACUGCCAGAGGUCAAGAGCUCAACAGGAAUGAGUAUCAUCAGCCCUUCCAAUGAAAACCAGCCAGAGCAGAAGAAAAAGAACUUUGGCAUAGACAGGAGGUUUUGUCUUGCCUCUAAAUUCCCAGUAGUUGAGGCCAGAGUACCAAAAUAUCAACAAAGGCCGAAGCCCGAGGUCCAACCUAAACCCCAACCUCGUCAGAUGAUCCCUAGGAUGUCUAGUCUGGAUUUCAGUCCUGCAUUUACUUUUUCCUUCUUUGAAUUACCCCAAGUUUACAAAGACCACAAUGCUUUGCUGAAGAGAAGAGCAUCUAUGAUCAAGUUCUUAGUGAUUCUGACAGAGAUGCCUACAAAGCAGCAGCUAGACAAGGCAGCCUGGCAGUGGGCGGAGACUACAGACCCUGUAGACAUCACUAAUGAGCACAUCAGGACAGCCUACAAAUUGAAUCUGAAGCCCUGUAAAUUAGGAGCCUGUAAAAGAAACUGUAAAGGAAAUCCCUUUUGUAUAAAUUGUAUUGGAGAACGGAAGUGGUUCGGAGAAAUCAACGACGACAGCUGGCAUGACAUUGAAGACCCAAACAAUGAACGCAGGCAAGGUCAAGACUUUGUGGGACUGAAAAAUCUGGGAAAUACGUGCUAUGUGAACACGUUUCUUCAGCUGUGGUUUCACAGUCCCCCAAUACGACGAGCCAUUUACAAGUUCAGGGAGACAGCCAUGAUGGACAAGGUGGGGGAUGAGUGGAAACCAAGCAGUAUAGGAGGGCACCUGCAGGCAAUAUUCUCCCUGUUAGAGCUUUCCGAACGUGCAUUCAUCAGUCCACAGGAUUUCAUCGAUCAUUUAGGUCUGGAUGCAGCUCUACAGCAAGAUGCGCAGGAAUUUUCCAAGCUUUUUCUUUCUCUGUUAGAGGAAUGUUUGUCUCAUCAACAAGACUCCUCAGUACGCAACAUAAUUCAAGACCAGUUAUGUGGGGACUAUGCUUAUGUCACCACCUGCAGUGGCUGUCACAAUUCAUCUCAAACACAUUCCAAGUUCUAUGAGCUGGACUUGCACAUCCAAGGUCACAAGACCCUAGAGGACUCCAUCACUGAUUUUCUGCAUGAAGAAAAACUAGAGGGAGACAAUCAGUACAUGUGUUCUACAUGCUGCAGGAAACAAAACGCCAAAAGGGCCAUACAGCUGAAGAGACUGCCACCGAUUCUAAAUUUACAGCUCCUCAGAUUUGUGUUUGACAAGAAGACAGGGCACAAGAAGAAACUGAAUGGCUUCAUACAAUUUCCAGAAACUCUAGACAUGAGCAAAUUCAUGACUUCCAAUGGUAAUCUAACAUGUGAAAACAGUUCAGGCAAAGAUGGGUGUAUUUAUAAACUGAAAGCAGUGUUGAUUCAUCGGGGACCCUCAGCAUACAGUGGACACUACAUAGCCCACAUUCUGGAUGAAAGUUCAGGAGCGUGGUACAAGUUCAAUGAUGAAGAGACCACUAAAAUGAAGGGAUCAAAUCUUCAUCUUGGAACUGAGGAAGAUCUCCAAGAGACGUCUGCUAAGCAGAAGGGAAAAGUCCCCAAGGGAUAUCACUCCUCUAGAAAUGCAUACAUGGUUGUGUACACCAGAGAUGUACCACCAGAAGAGAAAGACAAGACUAUAGAUAUGCAAAUCCCAGACAAGAGUUACCUCCCUGAGUAUAUGAUAGACUAUGUGAAAAAAGACAAUGAGAAAUUUGAAAUGUGGGUGGCCGAACUAUUAAUGAUGAGGGAGCAGAAUAUAGAGACAGGGAAGAAGAAACAGGAAGAUAUACGUCAUACGUUCAGCCAACUGGUAGUGGGGGAGGAAGACCAGGAAUCUCAUAACUAUGAAUGGAUCAGUCUUCCAUGGCUCACCCACUGGCUGGAAGAUCCAGGUAAAGCCAGAUCCGUGGAUAAUGAGGCCAGUUUGUGUCAGCAUGGUAAACUUCACCCAGAUAAGGCUGGGAAGAUGAAGUGUGUCCAGUACGAUGCAGUGGAUGGUCUAUAUGAGAAGUACAAGGGUGGGCCUCGCAUGCCUGGUGAUAAAGCAACCUGUCUGAUUUGUGUGCAGAGUAGAUGCAAGGUUAUCCGCACCAAGAGGAAGAUGGUGGAGGAUGAAAAAUUAUUCGGUACGAUGAAGAAAAUGGAAGUAUCUCCAGAUGAACCUGCCUUCUGGGUAGGGAAGUCUUCCUUGAGGAGCUGGAAGAGGUUAGUGUUGGAGCAGCUGGAAGAUUUUCGGGAAGAUAGAGAGUCUAUAGAACAAGGAAAUGACAACGGUGUGGACCAACAGGAACAGCCAAGUGGUACAACAGAAAUAGCAGCUGACAAGAGUAUGGAGCUCCCAGAAGACAAUGGGGACUUUGAUGAAAAAAGGAAAUCUACGGAAUUAGAUAAUGGUGAUAAUGCAAUUGAAAAGGGUGAUUUAUCUGCUACAAAUGAGAGCAUGGAAAGUUCACUACAAUUCAAUGAGGAUUUACUUUGUGAAUUUCACGGUCAGUUAGAUCCUGACCCGUCAUGUCGGAAAUUGAUACCAGCAGAUCUGUGGAAAAGACUGAAGGAAUAUUUUCCUGAUUGUCCGGAAUUUCCCCGUUCACACAUAGUUUGUCAAAAAUGUUGUGAUAAGAAUAAGGAAGAAACUGAAAAUCAAAACUUGAACAAAAAAUUGGCUCAAGUUCAGAAAGCAGAUCUCGCAGAUCUGUUCAACGACAGAAAAAGGCCAGUUAGGCUCGUGACGGGAGAGGAAAUUUUCGUGGUCAAUGCACAGUUUGUGGAAGACUGGAGGCACUUUGUGAAAGACCCAAGCAAAUUUGAACCUGUAUCAGAAGUGAAAAACACUCGUUUGCUUUGUGAACACCGAAAAUACUUGUAUCCGCCACCUCAGAAUGGCGCGGAUCUAUCCGACAACACAGAGGUGGUGUAUCUCUGGCCCCCAGAAUUUGAGAAAGUUAUGGAGCAUUUCGUGGUUGAUUACGAGGUGUCUGUUGUUAAGUAUGAGGAAGAGGAUGGUUCCGAUCACGUGAUCACGCUGCCAGAAGUUUGCGAGGAGUGCGUGAAAGAGCGGAAAAACAUGAUAGAAAUGGCGAAGUAUGUGUAUAAGGAUGCUACUGUGUUCAUACGAAAAGCUGUUAAAGACAAGCAAGGAGGAGAUACAAAUACUGAAAACUGUAAACAAGAUUAUCCCGAUCCCGAUUUUUGCUCGAACGAUCGCCGAAAAUCCGAAUGUGACGAACCACCCGAAAAAUUACAGAAAAUGGACGGAAACGCAGUGAGAAAAAGUCAGCGGCACCGGAAAGUCCGAGGAGAGAAAGAAUUAAAAGUAUCGUCUGAUCAGACAUUAAGGGAUUUAAAACUGCAGCUGAUGAAAUUAUUCUCUGUGCCCCCGUUUGACCAGAAUUUAUCUAUCGCGGGAGUUCCGAUAAAAGACGAUAAGGCGACGCUCGGGAGUCUCCGUGUAGCGCCGGGGGACAUUAUCAUGCUGCAGGCAGACGAACCAGUGGAGGAUCCAGGAGUUUUACAGGACUUAAUGAACGUGUCUGGCGUUCCAGAGGCCGGGUUUAAAGGGACAGGCCUUUUAGGAAACUAAAUAAAAGUGCUAAAAUUAUGAUCCCAAAAUGAGAAUGGGGAUUAUACAUAUUAAUUUCUUUCUCUUCCCUAAUUUUUUUUUCGUCCAUUAGUGUUACAGAAUAUAA